AUGUUUGUCAGGAAGCGAGACGGACGCCAAGAGCGUGUCCAGUUUGACAAGAUCACAGCACGAGUCUCCCGGCUCUGCUACGGUCUUGACACGGAUCACAUUGAUCCUGUAGCCAUCACUCAAAAAGUCAUCUCAGGCGUCUACGGUGGCGUCACGACUGUUCAGCUUGAUGACCUUGCUGCAGAAACCGCCGCAUACAUGACCGUUACCCAUCCCGACUACGCCAUCUUAGCAGCUCGCAUCGCGGUUUCCAAUCUACAUAAGCAAACGAAGAAGCAGUGGUCCUCCGUCGUUUCGGACCUCUAUCAUUAUGUGAAUCCCAAGAAUGGCCGCCCGUCGCCGAUGAUAGCCAAGGAGACAUACGAAUGUGUAAUGCGACACAAGGAGGAGCUUGAUUCUGCCAUUGUCUACGACAGGGAUUUCAAUUACCAAUACUUCGGCUUCAAGACCCUCGAACGGUCGUACCUCCUGAAACUCGAUGGGAAGAUUGUCGAGCGACCUCAGCACAUGAUUAUGCGUGUCGCCGUCGGUAUUUGGGGCGAUGACGUUGAGCGUGUGAUUGAGACGUACAAUCUAAUGUCGUCCAAAUUCUUCACUCAUGCUUCACCCACUCUCUUUAACGCCGGCACCCCCCAAGCCCAGCUGUCUUCAUGCUUCCUCGUCGACAUGAAGGAUGAUAGUAUUGAGGGAAUUUAUGACACGUUGAAGACAUGCGCAAUGAUCUCAAAAAUGGCCGGUGGCAUCGGCCUCAACAUCCAUCGCAUUCGCGCCACAGGCUCAUAUAUUGCGGGGACAAAUGGAACGUCCAACGGCAUUAUUCCCAUGCUUCGUGUCUUCAACAACACCGCCAGGUACGUUGACCAAGGUGGUAAUAAGCGCCCGGGAGCCUUUGCCAUCUACCUUGAACCAUGGCACGCAGAUGUAUUCGAGUUCUUGGACCUUCGCAAGAACCACGGCAAAGAAGAGGUUCGAGCCCGGGAUCUCUUCCUCGCGCUCUGGAUUCCCGAUCUUUUCAUGAAGCGAGUUGAAAAGAACGGCGACUGGACCCUGAUGUGCCCCAACGAAUGCCCCGGCCUUGCCGAUUGCUAUGGUGAGGAGUUCGAGGCCUUGUAUGAAAAGUAUGAGAAGGAAGGCCGCGGUCGCAAGACUCUCAAGGCUCAAAAGCUCUGGUACGCCAUCUUGGAGGCUCAGACCGAAACAGGAAAUCCUUUCAUGCUUUACAAGGACCACUGCAACCGCAAGAGCAACCAAAAGAACCUUGGCACUAUCCGCAGCUCCAAUCUCUGCACCGAGAUCAUCGAGUACUCGGCUCCGGAUGAAGUGGCGGUUUGCAACUUGGCAUCGCUUGCCUUGCCCUCGUUCGUCGACUACAACAAGGGCGAGUACGACUUUGAGAAACUCCACGAAGUAACCAAGGUCGUCGUUCGAAAUCUCAAUAAGAUCAUUGAUGUCAAUUACUACCCGGUGCAGGAGGCCCGCAACAGCAAUAUGCGCCACCGGCCCAUUGGUGUGGGUGUGCAAGGAUUGGCGGAUGCCUUCCUUGCCCUGCGUAUGCCCUUCGAAUCCCCCGAGGCCCGGCAGCUCAAUAUUCAAAUCUUCGAGACAAUCUACCACGCCGCUCUGGAAGCGUCAAUGGAGAUCGCCAAGGAGCAGGGCCCCUAUUCGACGUACGAGGGUUCUCCCGUCUCUCAAGGAAUUCUCCAGUACGACAUGUGGAAUGUCAAGCCCUCGGACUUGUGGAACUGGGAUGCUCUGAAGGAGCAGAUCAAGCAGCAUGGCGUCCGUAACAGCCUUUUGUUGGCCCCCAUGCCCACUGCAAGCACCUCUCAAAUUCUCGGGAACAACGAAUGCUUUGAACCAUACACCUCGAACAUUUACCAACGACGUGUCUUGGCAGGUGAAUUCCAGGUCGUCAACCCCUGGCUUCUCCGCGAUCUUGUUGACCUUGGCCUUUGGUCGGACUCGAUGAAGAAUCGCAUCAUCGCCGAAGGUGGCUCUAUUCAGAAUAUCCCAAGCAUUCCCGAGGAUAUCAAGGCGCUCUACAAGACCGUCUGGGAAAUCUCCCAGCGUACCGUUGUCCAGAUGGCUGCCGAUCGGGGUGCCUUCAUCGAUCAGUCACAGUCUCUGAAUAUCCAUAUGCGAGAGCCUUCUAUGGGGAAGAUCACGAGCAUGCACUUCACUGGCUGGAAGCUUGGUCUGAAGACUGGCAUGUACUAUUUGCGAACCCAGGCCGCAGCGGCACCUAUUCAGUUCACUGUCGAUCAAGAGGCAUUGCGUGUUGCUGAUGUUAAUACCGCAAAGGACCGCUCUCAGUUGAAGAAGCGUGCCCCCCCACCCAGCGGCUACUCAUCGUCUGCAUCUGCCACCCCUCGGUCCGCACUAGGGAGGAAAACCGAGUUGGCGGGCGGUUUGAACGGAAAUUCAAACGGUCUUCCGACGCCCGAUACAACUCCUCCAUCGACCGCCCAGCGAUCCGUAGCUUCAUCGAGCAGGCCGGCGAUGAUCAAGGCAGAUGUUGCCGAAGGUGGCAGCCCCAAGACUCUAGCAACGGAGCCGAGUGGUGGCUUCCAGGCGGAAGAGCUUCCCAGUCCUUCCCUGGGCAAGAAGAAUGACCCUCAGGACGAAGACCAAGACGAGGACAGUAAAGAGCGUGAAAUGGACAUCUACUCAGAGGCAGUCCUUGCCUGCAGCAUCGAGAACCCCGAAGCUUGCGUUAUGUGCAGCGGUUAG